AUGUCCAUCCCGCCUACCUCAUCCUCACCAAGGGCAUCCUCAUCCUCCACCUCCCCCAGCAAAACCACCUCGUCAAAGCCCUCCGCCACCGCCACCGUCCCCGGCCCCUCAGGCACCAACUACGGCCCCAAAGGCCCUCCCGAUGUGCUCCUCCAUAUCCCCGAGCUACACGUCGGCCGCAUCGAGCUAGACGUCAACAACCUCCGCGCCGACGUCGCCCUAGCCGCCGAAGUCGCCUCCCUCGUCCAACUCAACGCCGGCGUCCAGGUGGGAAUCGACAAAGUGAACAUCACCAUUGCCGACGUGGACGCCAACCUCGACCUCAUCAUUCGUCUCGGCAAUUUAGUCAAAGUCGUCAAUCGCACGUUGUCUACACUCGACCUAAACCCGGCUCUGAUUAACUUGAUUGAUGGCGUGGUGGAUGCUGUCGAUGGGGUUAUCGGUGCUGUGGAUGGAUUGUUGGGGAGUGUUGUGCAGGGAGAUAGUAAAGUGAAUUUUCUGAUUGAUAAUUUGGGGAAUAUCGUGCAGGAGGUGGUGGGCGGGAGUAGUACGAUUGUGGGCGAUUAUUUGAAGAAUAUGACGUUUACGGGGACGGUGAAGGAUUUGGGCAAGGGGUUGAUGCAGAAGACGUACAAGUAUGAGGCAUUGGGGAGUGUGGUGAAUGUAGUGACGAAUGCGUUGGGGCAGGUGGUGCAGGCUGUUGUUGUUGGUGCUGGUGGCGGGGGAGGGGGAGGAGGGGGUGGUAGUACGAGCAGUUCGACUGUGAGGCCAACGAGUUCGACGACGGCAACGGCGACGGCGACGGCGAGUGUGGUGCCAACUUCAACUUCGACGGCUUGA